AGUGAAAAAAAAAUAGAAAACGAUAUAGAAACGGCAACUCAAAAGAAAGAAAAAAUCCAGAGGAUCUAGGGUUCCCUUGGAUCCUUCUGUGCUCUCUUCUUCGAUCGCUUAAAAUCGUGGAAUGGGUAGGUAACUGAUAAGGAGAGAUAUCGAUGCAGUUGUAAAUCUAGUUUUUUUAGGGUUUCGAACUCGGGAGUGGAGUUUUACACUCUAAUCGAAAAUUAAUUUUAUGGUGAGGGAAAUUGGAAAUUGAAAGAAUCGAAGAAUUUUUGUUGAUUUGUAAAUAUGCGAGGAUUGAAGAAAUCAAAACGAGUUUGUUGGGCAUCAGAUGUUAAUCUUUGUCAGUGGAGUAAGCACAUUCAUGAACUGCAACUCUUUGUGCAAGCUGCUCAAGUACGAGAUUGAGAUUUAUGAAAUUUAAGCCUUGAGGCAUUUUUGAAGACUGGUCUUUCCUUUAUUGCAUGUUCACAUCAAAAGAAUUCUGAUUGCUGAUAACAAUAAUCUAUGAAAAAAAAAAAAGGCUGUAGUAAAUUAGAAUUACAUGUGUUUGCGGAGGUUGGGCAGCACCAGCUGAGAAUGGUUGAGAAGGGAGAAUGUAUAAGAGGGGCAUAUGAUGUGGAAGCAUACACAGUCUUAAAUAUGCUUUUCUUGGGAGAUCAAACUGUCAAAGUUGUAACAAAAUCCACAAAGUGCAUGCUAACCAUGGUAAGGCUGUUCCUGUCAGAGGAAUCUCCUUCACAAAUCGGGUCAGGUGCUCAAGAUCACCUCCAAGCGAAGUCAUCAUGGCCAACUCAUUCAGCUGGAACUGAUGACUUUCUGCCACCUGGCUUUGAAGGAAGCCAUCCUUCAAGCCAGUUGCAGAUCAAGUUGUCAGAAGUCCCUGUGAUAAAAUGGAGAUGUCCGCCCAGGCUUGUCUUGAACUUGACUUGGCAAUUGGUUGCUGGGGAAGAAAGCGAAGAGAUGGAGGUUCAAAAUCAGAGGGAGAUGAGAGUGCUUGAAGCUGUUUAUCCCCGACCAUCUGCCAUUCCUCCAAACUCCACAUUUUCUGUGGACCUGGAAAGCUCUCAGCAUGGUGAUCAUCAAAUUCCCCUGAUUCCUAUUACCCCCAUUGAAGAUGAAGAUGCAACAGAGGCACCAUCUGAUGUGAUGGGACCAUCAAUGGUUCCAAUGAAUUCACAAGCCCAACUAUUAGCUUCUGGAUUUCCAUCCUUUCAAAAUGGCAUUCCUAGCUUUCCAAAUGGGAAACCAACUGCAGGAGUUCUCCCUGGUGUCGAACCCGAUGCAAUGGCUGCUGUCAAUAAAAGCAGUGAGCAGGGAAGUUUGAUAGACCCUGACCUGCUCCUCAAAAUUCUCAGCAACCCAAAAUUGAUUGAGAAGUUGGUUACUGAUCAUGGAGCUGUAGCCAAUGCACAGAAUAUUCCCAAUACCCCUUUGUCAGAUCCUCUAACUUCUCAUGUAACUUUGCCCAAUCCAGCACAUAUUCAAAUGAAUAGAACAGAAUCCAGUGCCCAAGCAUCUUUAACUGCGACUUCAAGUGGAUCAUUCUACACGCAGCCAAACGGGGUGCCAAUGGGGGUUCCUUCUAGUGCACGGAUUCCUCCACCAGGAGUUCCAUCCACACCUACCGGAGCGACACAAGCAAAGGACAUUAAUUAUUAUAAGAACUUGAUUCAGCAGCAUGGAGGCGAUAAACAAGAAACACCUCAGCAGUUUGGUAGCCGUUACAAUCACCAAGUAGGAACAAGCCAAGAUUUAGUUAAUUCCAAGUCAAGGGAAUCGAAACACAAGAUUAUGAAGCCUUGUAUUUACUUUAAUAGUUCAAGAGGAUGCCGGAAUGGAGUCAAUUGUGCAUACCAACAUGAUUCAUCAUCCCAGCAAAAGGGCAGUGGCAUAACGGAGGUGCAAAGCUCAAAGAGAAUGAAAAUGGAUCGGGAGAUCAGUAGCUAGUGUAGUAUUUCAAGUAGCUUUCAUCUGACAAAAAAGGCUUAUAGCUGCUCAACUUUUUAUACUUUCUAUUUCAUUUUUGGUUUGAUCGUUCAGCAAAAAGUUCCUCUCUAUCGUGGAACGUUAAAGAUUAAAUUAUGGGCAGAAACCAUCAUACUUGGAGGUUGAUGCGACGUCUCUUCUAUCUAUCUUGAGCUUACAUUGAAGUUGGUAUGGAGUUGAUAUUUUUGAGCAA